AGGCCCAACGGCCUGGAUACACAGAGCGCUCGCAGUUCAGCGAGACACAGGCAGUUCUGUCCCGAGGCCCAGGAAGCCACUGGGGGUCGGUGCUCUGGAUCGCCUGCCGCGCCAGAACCUGGAGGCCAAAAGCCAUGAGCGGCUUCCUGCGGUCGGGCUCGAGCAACUGGCGGCGGGCGGCCACCGUGGUGCUGGCGGCGGAUUGGACACACCCAAUUCCCACCGCUCCGGCUCCGUCGUUGCCCCCGCCAGCUGAGGGCUUCAGGCUGCUGCUGCUGCAGCGCUCCAGGCAGCAAAGCGUCUUGCCCGGGGCAUACGUCUUCCCGGGCGGCGUACUGGACGCGGCAGAUCGCUCGGCCGACUGGCUGCGCCUCUUCGCGCCGCACUACGGGCCGCCGCGUUUCGGCCUGGGCUGCGCGCCGCCCUCGCACACCACCUUCCCAGUGCUGCCCGCCGCGGGGCCGGACUCCCCCGUAGAGCUGGGGGCUGCGCUGCCGGAUGACGUAGCCUUCCGGAUCUGCGCCCUCCGCGAGACCUUCGAGGAGGCGGGCGUGCUGCUAUUGCGGCCGCGGGCUUCACCAACCGCGGUGCCGGAGCUGAGCCGCGCCCUCCCGGCACCGGAGGGUCUGGCCGCCUGGCGCGCCCGCGUCCGCCGCGACCCGCGCCAAUUCCUGCACCUGUGUGAGCACCUGGACUGCAUCCCCGACAUCUGGGCGCUGCAUGACUGGAGUGCGUGGCUCACACCGUUCAGGCAGCGUGGCAGCCGCCGCUUCGAGACUUACUUCUACCUCUGCUGCCUGCGAGAGCCGCCGCCGGUCUACCUAGACUUGGCUGAGGUGGUGGACUACCAGUGGUCAUCUCCUGCAGAGGCAACUGGAAGUUUCUUAUCAAAAGAGAUUUGGUUGGUACCCCCACAGUUCUAUGAAAUAAGAAGACUUGAAAACUUUGCCUCUCUGUCUGACUUGCACAAAUUUUGUUUGGAUCACAUAUCACAAGGAGUCGAAAGAUGGAUGCCAAUCACACUAGUAACUGCUGAUGGGCUGAUCAUGCUUUUACCAGGAGAUGAGCUGUACUUAGAAGAUUCAAAGUUUUUAGAAAACUCUUUGUCUAGUGAAAAAAAGACUGAAGAAAUCAUGAAGGAAGGGAAGAAAUUGCACCGAAUAGUGCUACACAAUCGCCAUCUUUAUAGUAUCUACGUGACCGUUCAGUCGAAGUAUAAACAUGUUUAUCCUAAGACCUAUGUAGUAAAUAAGAGCCAUUUGUAAUGUAGUGCUUAUCUGUAAGCUGGCCUAUUUGAAGGUGGGCUAAUGAAUAGUCUUACUUGGAAUUUAAGGAACUUUGUGCCUAUAAAAAUUAUAGUACAGUAUUUCAUGUUUCCAGUGUACUAUGGAGCUCUCUUGCUUAUUUUAUUCUAUAAACCUUACAGUGUCACACGAGUAUAAAGUAUCAAUGCUUUUCUUACUGAAAUAAAAAAUCUCACAAAGGG